UGCAAUAAGAGACUGACAAUGUUUUCAUUAUCCAGGGACCCCAAUAUGUCUGCACAACUUUCUGGACAUUUGUUUGCACAAACUGCAGUGGGAUACAUCGGGAAUUCAUGCACCGAGUGAAAUCAGUAUCUGUGGCUAAAUUCAAUGCGGAGGAAAUUGAUGCCCUCCAAGCUGGGGGAAAUGAGCGUGCAAGGCAGAUUUAUUUCAAGGAAUGGGAUCUUCAGCGUUUUCCUCUACCAGAUGGCACCCAAAACAGAAUCCGGGAUUUUAUCAAGCAAGUUUAUGUGGAUAGAAAGUUUACUGGUGAGCGGAUUAUGGGGAGGCAAAUGCUAAAAGAGGUAAGCAUGCAUUAAUAUUUGUCCACGAUACAACAUUUUAAAGAGAGAUCCCG